CGGAAAAUGUUCUGUUGACCCGGAAAUUCUUGAGUUUUCUCUGAACGCGUCGCGUUCUAUCGGCAAUUUUAUUUGGAAAUGGCAAAUAGGACAGUCAAAGAUGCUAAUAGUAUACAUGGAACAAAUCCUCAAUACCUUGUAGAAAAGAUCAUACGGACACGUAUCUACGAGUCUAAAUACUGGAAAGAAGAAUGCUUUGGACUCACUGCCGAGCUUGUUGUCGACAAGGCCAUGGAGCUGAAGUACAUUGGAGGUGUGUAUGGUGGAAACAUCAAACCAGCCCCUUUCCUGUGCUUGACCCUCAAGAUGCUACAGAUUCAGCCAGAGAAAGAUAUCAUCGUCGAGUUCAUAAAAAAUGAAGAUUUCAAGUAUGUUCGUCUUCUUGGAGCCACGUACAUGCGUUUGACUGGAACAUCAGUGGAUUGCUAUAAGUAUUUGGAACCACUUUACAACGACUACAGAAAAGUCAAAAUGCAGAAGAGGGAUGGAGAAUUUGACAUCAUGCACGUAGAUGAGUUCAUUGAUGAGCUGCUGCAUGCAGAGAGGGUGUGUGAUGUCAUUCUUCCCCGACUUCAGAAAAGACAGGUGUUGGAAGAAGCUGAGCUGCUGGACACGCGGAUCUCUGCCCUGGAGGAAGACCUGGAUGAAGUGGAGAGCAGCGAGGAGGAAGAUGAGGAAGAAGAAAGGCCUGAGAGAGCGAUGACCCCAGAGCCUCACAGACGCGGCGGCUACCGUGACCACGACAGAGUGCGUCGCUCCCCGUCUCCUCGCUACAGGCGCAGCAGAUCACCCAGGAGGAGGAGCAGAUCGCCAAAACGACGAAGCCCCUCCCCGAGGCGUGAGCGGGACCGUGAGCGCGAACGCCACCGCAGCAAAAGCCCACGCAGACACCGCAGUCGCUCAAGGGAGAGACGUCACCGCUCCAAAUCUCCAGGCCAUCACAGGAGUCACAGACAUCGCAGUCACUCCAAAUCUCCAGAAAGCAGAUCAAAGAGGAGCCAUAAGAAGAGAAGGGAUUGAUUUCUUAAUGGUUCUUUUUUUUUUUUAAUUCCACCAAUACAUGUUGUCAUUUGUACAGUUUUUACUUGGCUGCAGUCCUGGUUGAUCUAUUCUGAGCCAUUUUCAGGAUAAUGUUUCAAAAAAGUGAUGUAUAUUACAAUAGACACCCACCCUUCCUCCCCCAAAAGUGAAGAUGUUUAACUUUUUUUUGGUCAAUUUUUUUAAAAAUUUUUUUGUUAAUUAUAGGGUUAAGGUUUUUUUUUUUUCAAAUACUACAGCAUAGUGAGGUAAAAUUGGCUCAUACAGAAUUCCAUUUGAAAGUGUAAAACAUAAUUUAUACCUACCUACAUACAUUUUAGACAUCUGGGCAGCUGAAACAAUAAACCCAAUUGUAAUUUUGAA